AUGGGUUUGUUUGGCCUCUUGGAAACGAAUGUUAAAGUGCAGAAGUUUGGGAAGGUGUUUGAGAAUUUUGGUCAGGACUGGUCUGUUAUUACAAACCACUCUUUUCAUAAGGCUGGUAGAAUUUGGAUUGUAUGGUUUCCUAGCAUGUUUACUAUCUCUAGUUGUAUAAUGGAUGCCCAAUUUAUCCAUGUACAUGUGGCUCAUAAUGCUUUGAGGAAGCAAUUUUGGUUGACAAUGGUCUAUGGCUUGAAUACUGCAAGAGAGAGAGAGGCCUUGUGGCAACAGAUUGCUCAGAUUGCCCCUCCUGGUGAUGAUCCUUGGAUCCUAUGUGGAGACUUUAAUAAUAUCCUUAAUCUUGAGGAUAGGAUUGCGUCUCAAUGUACUCUAGCUGAAGUGGAGCAAUUUAGGCAUUGUUUGAGAAGUAAUAAUCUCACUGAUUUCAAUGGUCUUAUGGACCAUACUCCAUGUUGUAUGAGACUGGAUGGUAAAGCUGGGAAUGUAAGGAAACCUUUCAGGUUUUUUAAUAUGCGGACAGGUGCAAUUUUUUUAGGAAUUGUUAAAGAUGCUUGGGAUGUACCUGUUCAGGGGACUUCUACGUUCAGGGUAGUUCAAAAACUGAAGGCUAUUAAACAAAAGAUGAGGCUCUUGAAUCUGAGCCAUUUUUCUUGUGUUGAAGGUAAGGAUAUUGCUGCUGAAAAGGCUUUGUGUGAUAUCCAGAAGAAGCUCAACUCUGACCUUACAAAUGAUGAAUUGUUGAAACAAGAGCAUGAGACUAGAUUGGCUUACAAUGAGGCCCAUACAGGUAGAUAUCUUUUCCUCAAACAGAAGGCAAAGGAUGGGGUGCUUGUGACUGAUCCUGAUAAGAUUGCAGGUUCUUUUAUCUCUUAUUAUAAGGGAUUUCUUGGUACUGAUGCUGGAAAGGCUAGACAGAUCCACAUGUCUGUUAUUCAUGAGGGUCCUGUGCUUACUGAGGCUCAGAGAGCUAAUAUUUGUAGACCCUUCACAAAAGGUGAUGUUAAGAAUGUUAUGAAUACUACAUCUCUGACUUUGAUUCCUAAAGUUGCUAAUGUUGUUACUAUGACCCAGUUUUGGCCUAUUGCUUGUUGCAAUGUGAUAUAUAAGAUCCUGUCAAAAUUGUUGUGCUCCAGACUCAAGGAGGUUCUGCAUGGAAUUAUCAGUGAGGAACAGGGUGCCUUUGUUUCUGGCAGGGCUAUUCUUGACAAUAUUAUGUUGUGUCAAGAUCUUCUGAAGGAUUAUAAGUAUCAAAGGAAGCCUCCUAGGUGUACAAUCAAAGUGGAUAUCAGGAAAGCUUAUGUCACUAUCAAAUGGCCUUUCAUUGAAAGAAUGCUUACUGCUCUUGGUUUUCCUAGUAAGUUUGUAAAUUGGAUUAUGGCUUGUGUUUCUUCCCCUUCUUUCUCUCUUAUGAUCAAUGGAGGAAUUCAUGGUUUAUUUAAGGGAGCUAGGGGAAUCAGACAAGGAGACCCCCUUCUCCCUUACUGUUUGUGGUGUGCAUGGAAUAUCUCACUAGACUUUUGA